AUGUUAGAACACGAGUACAGGAUAAGUAUGCAGCUGGCUCUUAUCUGCAUUAUUAGGUUUAUUCGAGAAUACCUUGAUCAAAUCACAAAACCUUUAUUGCUGUUAGUGACAUUGUUCAAAAACCUGAAAGUGUUUAGAGUCAAAGCUGGAGGUAUGAGAGUGUCUAAAAAGCAAGAAAAUGGACCUGUUGAGAAAAAUGCUAAGCCUCCAGGAAAAGAAAAACCAAGUGCUAUUGCCAGUUUUUCAAAAACUCAGAACAUGAGUGUCUUGCUAGCAGAAGUGCUGAGCAAAAUGAGCCACAAAAUUCAUGCAGCAGCAUUACAAGUGGCUCACCAAAAGCCACGGCCUGCCUUGGAGAAGUUCAUACUGCCUAAAAGAAUUUACAUUAUUCAACAGCCACGGAAAUGUUAA